CGCAUCUUCAAGAACACGGCAAGUUCCACAAAAGUCAGACUCCUUCGAAUUCAUAAUCACAUUACACUGUCAGACCAAAUCCCGCAACCAGAGCCAACAAUAAAUUCAUCCGCCGCCGCCUACCUACCGAUAUGUCCUCCAACCAUGCAUCUCUCGAUGCUGCCGCAACGGAUCGAAAAGCUCGUCUGGCGAAACUUGCAGCGCUUAAGCGGAAGCAGCCAGAGCCCGAUACGGAGCUCGAAACCGCCGAACAGGAGAAUGAGCCUCGAAAUGAACUUUCCGACGUUACAAAGAAGUAUCUCUCUGGUCGGAACUACGACGCGGAAACUCGUGGAGUGAAGCUGGGGUUUGACCAAACACCGACCGACGGACAAAUCACUCUUGAAUCACAGGCAGAGGAAAUCGCAAAGGAUAUCGCAGAGCAAGCUAAGAAGGAUGAAGAUGCGGAUCAGCCAAUCGACCUUUUCAAGCUGCAACCCAAGAAGCCCAACUGGGAUUUAAAGCGAGAUCUGGACGAAAAAAUGAAGGUCUUGAAUGUGAGGACGCAGAAUGCAAUCGCAAAGCUUGUGAAACAACGAAUAGAGGAUGCCCAACGUACGGCCAAAGCGAAGGGCGCAGGUUCCAAUGGGAAUAACCAAGCAGAGGUUGUUGGUAUCGAGGGAGAUAUGCUUGUGGAGGGCAUCCAUGUUCGUGAGCAGGAGGAUGAGAAGGAAGACGAGGAUGAACUGGCAUGAUUUUGAUACCCAUAUGAUCGUGUGCGAGGGCUCCGGCUUUGAUCACGAUCUCUUGCAUAUUGUUUAUAGGCGCUCACUUUUGGGGUUUAGGCAUUGAAACGGCGUUGAAGGUGUUAAUUACGAUGACAUAAAAAUUUGAUAUCGAAUACAC